GUACAGAACACAGUCCACAACCAUGACCCACCUACGCAGAGCUCUUCUAAUCUCUGCAAAACCCCUCCAUAAAAACCCACUCGUUUUUCCAACUUCGCUACUCUCAGUUUAUUCACCAUGGAACACCCAACACCUCACAUUGCCAUUGUCCCCAACCCAGGCAUGGGUCAUCUCAUCCCGCUCAUUGAGUUCGCCCGCCAACUCGUUCUCCACCACAACUUCUCCGUCACAUUCCUCAUUCCCACUGAUGGGUCUCCCGUUACCCCGCAGAAAUCCGUUCUCAAAGCCUUACCCACAUCCAUAAACUAUGUUUUCCUUCCUCCUGUUGCCUUCGAUGACCUUCCCGAGGACGUACGCAUCGAGACUCGGAUCUCGCUCAGCAUGACUCGGUCGGUUCCCGCCCUGCGGGACUCGCUCGGGACACUGACCGAGUCGACUCGGCUCGUGGCUCUGGUGGUUGAUCUCUUUGGCACCGACGCUUUUGAUGUUGCCAAUGAAUUCGGUAUUCCUCCGUACAUCUUCUUCCCUACGACCGCCAUGGUGUUGUCGUUGAUAUUCCACGUGCCGGAGCUUGACCAUAAAUUCUCUUGCGAGUAUCGGGACCUACCUGAACCGGUCAAAUUUCCCGGCUGUGUGCCGGUUCAGGGGAGAGACCUAAUCGACCCGCUUCAAGACAGAAAAAACGAGGCCUACAAAUGGGUUGUCCACCACGCCAAAAGGUACAAAACGGCCCCUGGAAUCAUAGUGAACAGCUUCAUGGACCUUGAACCGGGAGCUUUCAAAGCUCUUAAAGAAAUCGAACCGGACUACCCUCCGGUUUACCCCGUCGGACCACUAACCCGGUCCGGUUCAACAAACGGGGACGACGGAUCCGAGUGUUUGACAUGGCUGGAUCAUCAACCAAGUGGGUCAGUCCUAUUUGUGUCGUUCGGCAGCGGGGGUACCCUAUCCCAGGAGCAGAUAACUGAACUCGCUUUGGGAUUAGAGAUGAGUGGACAAAGAUUCCUCUGGGUUGUGAAAAGCCCACAUGAAACAGCAGCAAAUGCCUCAUUUUUCAGUGCCCAAACCAUUAAAGACCCUUUUGAUUUUCUGCCAAAGGACUUUUUAGAUAGGACCCAAGGGCUGGGUCUUGUGGUCUCAUCUUGGGCACCCCAGGUCCAAGUCCUGAGCCAUGGCUCCACCGGUGGGUUCCUAACCCACUGUGGGUGGAACUCAACAUUAGAGACCAUAGUCCAGGGUGUCCCCAUAAUCGCAUGGCCCCUCUUCGCCGAGCAGAGAAUGAACGCGACACUGCUCGCCCACGAUCUAAAGGCCGCAGUCACGUUGAACAAUAAUAAUGGUCUGGUGAGCCGCGAAGAAAUUGCCAAAACUGUGAAGAGCUUAAUCGAAGGAGAAAAAGGAAAAAGGCUUCGAAACAAGAUCAAAGACCUCAAGGACGCUGCGACAAUGGCUCUGAGCCAAGAUGGAUCGUCUACUAGGUCACUUGCAGAGGUGGCUCAGAUAUGGAAGAAUAUCAAGGUUUGAAAAAAAAAAGGGGGUUGAAAUGGAAGAAUUGGAUGAAUGUGUAUGGGUUGGAUUUUGUUGACUUUAGGCUAUAUAUUUAAAUUUUGUCUUGUGUUUGUGUUAUAACUUAUAAUCUAUAAAGGGGUGUACUUAGAGAAAUGGACAAUGGAGGGAUGCACUUCUUUAAUAUAGUUUUUAUCCUAAUCAAAUCAGUGGUCCAAUGGAAAAUGGACCGGUUAAUAGUUA